AUGCCGUGUGUCAGCGAUCAUUUGGACCAGAUGGUGAUGCCUGGUAGCUACAAUGUGCUUGAAAAGGUUUUCAUGGUGGAACAGAUCCUGUCGGAGUUCACGCUGAAUAAAGAAGAUCUUGAAGAAGUAAUGAGGAGGAUGCAGCAUGAGAUGAGCAGAGGGCUGCGUUUAGAGACGCACGAAGAGGCCAGCAUCAAAAUGCUUCCAACUUACGUCUGCUCCACCCCUGAGGGAUCAGAGGUGGGGGAUUUCUUGGCUCUGGAUCUUGGGGGGACCAACUUUCGUGUGAUGCUUGUGAAAGUGGGUGAAGACGAGGAGAGGAGCUUCAAGGUGAAGACUAAACACCAGAUGUACUCUAUUCCUGAAGAUGCAAUGACGGGGACUGCUAAAAUGUUGUUUGACUACAUAGCAGAGUGCAUGUCUGAUUUCUUGGACAAGCAUCACAUCAAGCACAAGAAGCUCCCACUGGGUUUUACCUUCUCUUUCCCAGUGCGUCACGAGGACCUCGAUAAGGGCAUAUUGCUGAACUGGACCAAAGGCUUUAAAGCCUCUGGAGCAGAGGGGAACAAUGUCGUGGGUUUGCUCAGAGACGCCAUCAAGAGAAGAGGGGAGUUUGAGAUGGAUGUGGUUGCCAUGGUGAACGACACAGUCGCCACCAUGAUUUCCUGCUACUACGAGGACCGCAGCUGUGAAGUUGGGAUGAUUGUCGGUACUGGUUGCAACGUGUGCUACAUGGAGGAGCUGAGGACGGUGGAGCUGGUGGAGGGGGAGGAUGGCCGGAUGUGUGUAAACACAGAGUGGGGCGCCUUUGGAGACAACGGCGAGCUGGAGGACUUCAGGCUGGAGUACGACAGAGUGGUGGACGAGGCUUCCAUCAACCCGGGCCACCAGCUGUACGAGAAGCUGAUCAGUGGGAAGUACAUGGGGGAGCUGGUGAGGCUCGUUCUGAUGAAGCUGGUGAACGAAAACCUGCUGUUUAACGGUGAAGCCUCGGAGCUGCUGAAGACACGUGGCAGCUUUGAGACGCGCUUUGUCUCACAGGUGGAAAGUGAUUCUGGGGACAGAAAACAAAUCUACAACAUCCUCUCCUCUCUUGGUGUUCUUCCGUCUGAGCUGGACUGCGACAUCGUGCGGCUGGUCUGUGAGAGUAUUUCCACUCGCUCGGCUCACAUGUGCGGCGCAGGCCUCGCCGGGGUCAUCAACCAGAUGCGCGAGCGACGCAGCCAGGACGUCCUGAAGAUCACAGUCGGAGUCGAUGGAUCUGUCUACAAGCUGCACCCAUAUUUCCGUGAGCGGUUCCACAAAGCAGUCAGAGAGCUCACCCCUCACAGCGAGAUCGCCUUCAUCCAGUCGGAGGAGGGCAGCGGCCGUGGAGCUGCUCUCAUCUCAGCCGUGGCCUGCAAGAUGGCAGCUUGCAUGCUGACGCCGUAAAGCGAGAUUUGCACUGAAGAGGGGUAUAAAAAGUCUGGAUGCUGCUGGAGGAUGAUCCACAGACGUGUUGCUGCUGAGGCACUUUACAAGAUGAAGGAUGUUUGUGA